UACUGCAGACGGUGCAGAGCUGUGUGUACUGCAGACGGGGUUCCUCAGCCUCACGCCCGCACACGUCUCUGACAUCUGCUCCUGAGGACAUUUUCGCAUAAUCCACAAAGAACUGCAUGCCUCUCCUCCAGCAGCACUGCCUGACUCCUCCCACCCAUGUGACUGGUCACAUGGUCAUGACAUCAUCAAAGGUCCUUUAGCCCACUAGGAUUUAGCAUCUACCCGGAGCAGCUCCAAACGGGAUUGACUUGGGUUGGCUGAAAGUUUGGAGGGACUGACAGACGAGCGCUGCCUCCAUGUCGUGCCUCCUGCAGGAAGCAGCAGUAACGUCCCAUCUAUAGCCCAGGCUGGAGUCCUGGUAAAGGACAUGUCGAUAACGGAAGCUGGAAUUUGAGAAGAGGAGCAUCACAUGACCAGGUUCCUGAGGAGCUAAUCCACACAACUUUGGAAUGGUGGAGAAAGGACAUUAUCAUUGAAGACUGUAGUAUGACAAAAAAUCUACCGCCUGCUCAACUUACAUUGUUUGGCAGCACAGAAAGAGAAGAAAAUGAUAAGAAGCUAAAAUUAGAGUAUACUGAAUGUCGUGGAAAAGAAGUACCAUACAUACCAAUCGCCAAGGUAACGAUGAGCACAUCCAUACAAAGCCUUCACGAUGGGAUGGCGAUGAAGUUGGGAACCUUUCCCAAGUUAGAAGUUGCACAUCGUACAAAAUUCACAGUUAAAAGCGAGCUUGAUGAUGCUGAAAGUUGUCAGGAAGAACCUACCUCAAGGAAGGAACUCCAAUGUGGCAUCUGUUCCGAGAAAUUCGAUUACGUGUCUGAGCUGAUGUUUCACGAACACACGCACAACGACAGUAAUUGUAUUGAAUGUCAGGUCUGUGGACGUCCAUUUCAGAAUAGUUCUAACCUGAAAGACCACUAUAACGUCCACACAGAUGAACGUCCAUAUAAAUGUGAACUAUGUGCCAAAGCUUUCACCCAGUCUUCCUCUUUAUUAACCCAUAAACGCACUCACGUCCUAGCAAAAACAUACAAGUGUGAUAUAUGUGAAAAGCUCUUCAAAGACGCAUCAAACUUUCUAAAACAUAAACGCCUCCAUAGUCAGCCUGAAGAUCUAAAAAAUCAAGAACAGGUAAGCAGUACAUUACUGUCCGAAAAGCCAUACGGAUGUUCAUAUUGUGAAAAGGCCUUUAAGCGCACUUCGGAUUUGAAAGACCAUGAGCGGGUUCACACCGGAGAACGACCCUACCGGUGCAGAAUAUGUGGCAAAUGCUUCACUCAGUCUUCAGUGUUAACGGGACAUAUGCGAAUUCACACCGGAGAGAAGCCAUUUCACUGCAACGUCUGCGGUAAAACUUUUAACAAUUCUUCCAAUUUUAAGAAGCACCAGCGUACACAUUCAGUGCAAGAUAUCAUUGCAAAAGUGAAAAUGGAAGAUAAUAUCUCUCAUUCCAAACAGCCACUUCGAAUUCAAAAUAGCAUGAGCUAUCCGAAUGGCGUGGGUGCAUUUUUAUACAAAACGGAUAUAGGGAGAAUGGUGCUAAAUGACGAAGAUUUCAAAUUCGUUUCCGAAAAGAAAAUCCCUGAAGAAAGUAACAAGAAAUUAACACUAAAUGAACUCACCCCUUCAGUAAUGUCAAGUAGCUUUAAAGAGAGACAACCUUUCAAAAUUGCCGAUAUUAAGGCAGAACAAAUGAUGUGCUUUCAGGGUGAAGUAGACCUGACUUCAGAGUGCUCCAUCGUAAACGGUGAAAUUGUAUUUCACAGUAGUGUUGAGGGACACGUUAAACCAAAGUUUUCGAGGUCUCCCACUCAUGAACGUAGCAACACUACAUCCUCUGAAGCUGGCAACAUCAACUGUUACACUAAAAGAGCGCAAGACGCAUAUGUGGAAAUAUCUGAUACUACUGACGAUGAAAGUGAUGGCGAUGCUGUUGUUGAUCUUGCCAAAUGUUCAUUUCAAUACCAGAUGAAGGAUCCUAAGACUAAAGAGGAAACAAACCUGAAAGGUAUCAAGUCGCCAAAUGAAAAAACCACCCUUGCCGAUGAGUUAAUUCAAGGCGACAAUGAAAACUGCCAAGAAAAUAUCGAGAGCGAUUUACCCUGCAGUGUUUCCGACGUGGCGGAAGAUCAGGAAGACCUGCUCAUAGAAAGAACUAUGGAGGGUUGGGACUCUCCCAUCGAUAACUCUGACCAAGAUGGGGGCCAAUACUUUGAAACAGAAGCCAAACCCUACAUUUGUUUUGUGUGCGCGAAAAGAUUUAAAAGGGCUACAGACUUAAAAGAGCAUUUGAGGGUUCACACGGGUGAAAGGCCUUUCGUCUGUCAAGUUUGCAGCAAAGGAUUCACCCAGUCUUCGGCUCUCUCUAGUCACCAACGUAUCCAUACCGGUGAAAAGCCUUUUCAGUGUGACGUGUGCUACAAAAGGUUUAAUAAUUCUUCCAACUUUUCUAAGCAUAAGAGGGUGCACACCGGAGAGCGACCACAUAAUUGCCCACUUUGCGGGAAGAGCUUUCAGGAAAAGCGCAGAGUGAAGAGACAUUUAAAAGCUGUCCACCACAUCCUCGACUAAGGCAUUUAGUUUACAUGCUUAUAUACAACAUGUAACUUGGAAAUGUUGUACUAUGGACUUUUUUAGUAACUUAGCAAUUUUCAGAAAUGUAGCUUUAACCCUGUACACGAAAUGUGUAUUUAGCAAAAAAAAUUAAAACUUUUAGCUCAGUUAUCCAAUUUCAAGAUAAAAAGUUUGACCGUUUUCUGUAGAGUCUCUACAGAACACAAGAGUACUAUCUCAUUUUGUAGUGGUCCACCAUUUCAACAGAAGACAAUUUCCUGAAAAAACGAAAAGUGUUACUACAUUUUACUUUUAAUAGAAGUAGGGAACGUAGCAUAUGUAUAUGCAUGCAUAUAGACCCAAUGUAUGUUAAAAUUGUGUAAUUUGUCAAAUUCGUCACAAUUAUAGUAAGUAGAUGGCAUUAACUAGCUCAUUUUUACCUGUGAGGAUGAAAGUAUAUAUUUUACUUCUAACUUUUUCUAAUUAAAAAUAUCCCUGCAAAGUAUUUCUUUCAUUAAAAAGCCUAUUUCUA